AUGGCGACGACCGCUCCCAACACCACGGGGAAGAAGCUCAACGUGCUGGUUUAUUCUGGAGAUGGAACCACCGUUGAAUCCGUCCGCCACUGCCUCUACACCCUCCGCCGCCUCCUAGCCUCCCACUAUGCCGUGAUCCCCGUUACAGCUGAAAUGCUCAUCAAAGAGCCAUGGACGCUCACAUGUGCUUUGCUCGUUAUUCCCGGAGGCGCAGACCUGGGCUACUGCCGCGCGCUCAAUGGCGUCGGAAAUCACAGAAUCGAGCAGUUCGUUCGCCGCGGGGGCGCCUACCUCGGGUUUUGCGCGGGGGCAUACUACGGGUCGAAGCGCUGCGAGUUUGAGGUCGGCGAUAAAACACUGCAGGUUAUUGGAGAGCGUGAAUUGGCCUUUUACCCGGGGACUUGUCGUGGUGGGGCAUUUCGCGGGUUUGUCUACCACAGCGAGGCCGGCGCGCGUGCUGUUGCGCUUACCGUCUCAAAGGAGGCGCUGAGCGCCGGGGUCGUGCCGACGAACUUCCGAUCUUACUACAACGGCGGUGGUGUUUUUGUUGAUGCACCUCUGUAUGCGGACAAGGGUGUUGAGGUUUUGGCGAGUUAUGCGGACCGACUCAAUGUCGACCCGGGAACUGGGACUGCCGCUGUAGUCUACUGUCCUAUUGGCGAUGGGGCAGCGAUCCUGACGGGACCGCAUCCUGAAUUCGCGGCGGUGAACCUCGAUCGCAAAGCUGGCGGCCCUGAAUACGCCGAAGUCAUUGACGCCCUGGCUGCGGAUGACAAGGGCCGGACGGACUUCUUGAAAGCUUGUCUGUCGAAGCUGGGAUUACAGGUGGCGCAAGAUACAACGCACGUGCCCUCCCUAUCGUCUCUGCAUUUCUCGUCUUUGUCGUCUGGUGAUGCAGAGCGGGUGCUAAAGUCUCUUGAGGAACUAGUCGGCGACAAGGAAUUCCUGAAAGACGAACACGACACCUUUAAGAUUGAGAAAUCGGGUGCGUACAAUAUGGGGACACUUGCCGAGAGUCUCUCAGCGGACUCGAAGGAGGGUCCGUCUGAGUCCUCUCAGACGGAAGGAAUUGUGGACUAUCAGUCGAUCGUCAAGCGACUUGUCAUUCAUGACGAUGUACCGUCGUCUAAAUUGACGCCAUACUUCAAUCACCAUGCAUUCUACUCGCAUCUUCGAGACUAUCAGGCGCAGUCAAAGGAAGGAGCUUCACUUUUCGGUUCAAACAUCUUAUAUGGAGAAGUCGUGACGAGUACCAACACGAUCUUGGAAAAGAAUGUGAAGCUUCUCCGCAACAUGCCAACCGGCACGACCGCCACGGCUACAACUCAAGUAGCCGGUCGAGGCCGAGGUUCCAACGUCUGGGUAUCACCGGCUGGUGCGCUCAUAUUCUCCACCGUCGUACGGCAUCCCAUGGAGAAAAUGCAAUCCGCUCCUGUUGUGUUGAUACAGUACCUCUCGGCGUUGGCCGUUGUUCAGGGUAUACGCAGCUACGACGAGGGCUAUGACGCCAUGCCAGUCAAGCUAAAAUGGCCCAACGACGUCUACGCCCUUGAUCCCGAACAACCGGAAAACAAAAAGCAAUACACCAAGAUCUGCGGAAUCCUCGUAAACUCCUCCUACUCUUCAAACGAAUACACUUCCGUCGUCGGCAUCGGCCUCAACGCCACAAACGCCUCGCCAACAACAUCCCUGACCGCGCUCGCCUCCCGCUUCGUAGGCCGCCGGGCCGCCCCAAUUACCCUCGAGAAACUGCUAGCCCGCAUCCUCACCGUCUUCGAAGACCUGUAUAACCGUUUCCUCCGGACCGGAUUCGACCGGACCUUCGAGGACAUGUACUACAACGCCUGGCUGCAUACGAACCAGAUUGUCACGCUAGAGACCGAGGGUGGUGCGCGGGCAAGGAUCAAGGGAGUCACGCGAGAUUUCGGUCUACUGCUAGCUGAGGAGCUUAGUUGGGAUGAUAGGCCUACGGGGAGGGUGUGGCAGUUGCAGAGCGAUAGUAAUAGUUUUGAUUUCAUGCGGGGGCUGGUGAAGAGGAAGGUCAACUGA